AGACAGGUUGGAUUUCAGACACUGACCAAGCCAAAUGCCUUUCCCUGACCUAGUGACUGGAGUGUGGCAACAUCAAGAAUAUUUUGGAGUCACACCCAGGACACGCUCUCCAGUACUGUAUCUGUAACAAGACCUAGUUCUCUUCUGUUACAGCGACGCAGGAAUAGUUUUUGUUGAUCUCUGUAGAAGUUGAUGUGUGAGUGUGUAUAAAUAUAUAGCUAUUUGUGAAUGUAAGAGAUAUAUUGUAUUUUAAUGAACAAAGUGGAAAGUUAUUAUCAUGUUUAAAUAAAUAAAUAAAUACAUUAAUGAAUUGUUUUUUUCUGUACUGUCUGUACUCAAUCAUUUAGUUCAGAACUCACAAAUGAAGGUAACACUGUAAAGCCAGGCUAAGGGACUUUCACCAUAGAGACAGAUACAUUUUGCAUUGUAGGCAAAGCAAUUACAUCUCCAUGGAAACAAGCAACAUCCACCAUAUGAGUCAGGGCUAUCAAAAUCUCACAGUAAAGACAUAUAUAUUUAUUUUUAUUUUACUGCAAUAACAUGCUUUUAUUUAUUUUUAUUUUAUUUUUGUCUUAUGUUUUAUAAUACCAUUUUAUGUCCAAAGUUUGGUAUAUGUUGUCUUACGUUUGCGUUGCAAUCAAUUUUAUGAAUUUAGUAAUAAAAGGAUUAUUAUUAUUAUACUAUAGUCCAGUUAAUUUAAAGUGUUAGCCUGUCUGCUGUUCUUAAACACUGUAAUGCUAUAAUUAUCAUUGACAAUAAUCUUCUUGACACAGUCUAUGGUAAUUACUCAAACAUAGAUUAAGUUAAUACAAAUCUUUAUCAUAAUAUUUAGGUUAGUAAAUUGUCAUUAUAGAAUAUGCAACAGUAACAUUUACCUGAUUGCACAUUUUAGAAGUCUUUCUUAAUCUGUACUGUAAAUAAAACGUUUAUCGUCCCUCUUUAAGCGAUGUCCCGUACUUUUAUUUUGAAGGUGCACUUACUAACCCGGAAGCGACACGUUCCGGAAGUUCACAACAACAUAGGCAACACGUGAAAAAUCCAAACAUCAAGAAAAUGCAACUCUGCAGUGUAUGUACCGAGCAAACGCCUAAAUACAGAUGUCCAGUCUGCAAGAUAAGAUACUGCUCCCUAGUUUGUUACAAGAAACAUAAAGAUUCUUGCCUUCCUGUUCCUUCACCACCUGCACCCACAGUUCCUGGAAGCACAGCCACCAUCAGUGCAGACCCAUGGACUGCUGAUGACCUUUUACAUGAAGAUGACAUAAUUGAUAAAGUACCUAUGGAUCAACUACAGUUGCUGGAUCAGUCCAAAGAGUUGCAGGACCUUCUGUGUAACCCUCACCUAAGACAGUUGCUGCGCUCCAUUGAUAAUGCUGAGAGCAAAGACCAGGCAAUGAAAGCUGCUAUGCAGGAGCCCCUGUUUGUUGAAUUCUCUGAUUGCUGCUUGAAAAUUGUAAAUCAAGAUGACAACUUUGAUGAGUAAAUAUGGUAAAACUAGGACACUUUUUUUUUUUAUUUACUUGUAAAGAGCCAUAAAUUACUGGCAAUUUUGUAAAUAUGCAAUACCAUGCAAAUAUAAAUACAAUGUGAAGAUUUAA